CGAAGUUGAAUCCCCGCUACCCAUCGAAUCUACCCCGUCCUCGAAGGCACCACCAAAUCAGCAAGCCCCGGCAAUUCCGUCAAGAUGAAGGUCGAAAUCGACGCGUUCUCCGGUUUCCGUGUGUACCCCUCCAAGGGCAAACUCUUUGUCCGUGGAGACUCCAAAGUUUUCCGAUUCGCUAGUUCCAAGAACUCUUCCCUGUUCCUCCAGCGCAAGAACCCACGUAAGAUCGCAUGGACACAGGUCUACCGCCGCAUGCACAAGAAGGGUAUCACUGAGGAAGUCGCUAAGAAGCGUUCCCGCCGGACUGUGAAGCACCAACGUGGUAUCGUUGGUGCUGACCUUGCUACUAUCGCUGCCAGGCGCAACCAGACCGCUGCUGUCCGCAACCAGCAGAGAAUUUCGGCCAUUGCAAAGGCCAAGACUGAGAAGAAAGAGAAGGAGUCGAAAAAGGCCAAGCCUGCACGUGCGCCUGUUGCGAGCGGACCCAGGGUAUCGAAGCAGCAAAUGAAGGGUGGCAAGGGUGGCCGAUGAGCAGUUCUUUUGUUGUUGGCAUAUGCCUAUGUAUCGCACAUCCUUUUCGUCAUGACUUCUCGCGCGCAAAAUCUAUGCUGCAUGCUUCCACAUGGUAUAUCCGCUUCUAAUUCUGAGGAUGUGACGUAGAUCUCGUGCAUUUCGAUGCUCAAUUAGCUCUCGUGGUAGAGCUGUUAAUCAUAACAAAUAUGUUGGCAAUAAAACCAAUAAUACAGGUAUGUGCAAGGUAUCCGU